ACAGCUUCAUAUUGAAUACGUUCGCGUUCAGUGCAACAUAUUGAGAAAUAAUAAAGCACAAAAUGUCAUUCGCACCUUUUCUUUUCAACUAUGACUGGCCACGAUGGCCUAAGCGUCUACCAGAUCAAAGCUUCGGGCUUACUUUGUCGCCAGAAGACCUUUUCACUGCGUCGACUCCGAUCAGUCCGAUAGUGCCUCGAUACCCAGUCUGGUGGACAAAAGACACUGGUUCCUCGAUCAAACUUGAAAAGGAUAAAUGGCAAAUCAAUGUCGAUGUACAGCACUUCGCACCAAGUGAAAUAACAGUGAAGACUGUCAAUGGCUACAUCGUUGUGGAGGGAAAACACGAAGAGAAACAGGAUGAGCAUGGUUUUAUUUCCCGGCAAUUUGUAAGGCGUUUCAAGAUUCCAGAAGAUACGGAUUCUGAUGCAAUCGAAUCGAGGCUAUCGUCGGAUGGUGUGUUGACUGUUUUAGCUUCAAGAAAGGAUACCUUACAGGGUGAAAGAAAUGUACCCAUUACACACACUGGCCCUGUACGGAAAGAAGUGAAAGAUGAUUCGUUAACAGAGCAAAUUGUCGAAAAGUGAAAUUUUUAACAAGUUUUAAGAUAGUUUAUUGUUUUUAUGACUUAAUUUUUAAAAUGACUGAUUAACAAGACUAUGAAACAAAAUAUAUUUUGUGUUGAAAUUGUUUUAAAAAUUAUAUUAAUAUAUUUUGUUAUACUUGUUCGGUGUACAUGUUUAUAAUCCAAGUGAUAUUAAAUAUUUAAUAUAAUACAAAUAUUUUAAUUAUUCAAAUUUUUUAAAUGUUUUUAGUUUGUGCGUUCGCCCCAUAAUUUAUGUAUGUCCUAAAUUUUUAAUAUAAAAUAGUUAUAGUACAUUUAAAAAUAGCCUGUAACAAGGCAUUAUGCGAUUCCUAACAUGGAGUUCGCUGACUAUAUAAGAGAUGCAUCAAACUAAUUUACAUAAGUAUUACUGAAUUGUAAGUUUUAAAAAUAACUAUAGAUCACUA